CAGAAAUCAGUGCUCCAGAAGACUGCAUAAACUCUUUCCUGGGGGCAGCAGUGAGCUGGAUCAGGGCAGAGGGAGAGGACCAAGAUGGUGUCCACAGCCUACUUUCUAGAGAGAAGCUCCUAGGCCACUAAAUAUGUAUAAAACCUGAAGCCUGCCCCUUAAGUCAAAGCUCCAGGAAAGGCAGAGGCCUCCUCCACAGAAAGACUUGGGUGUGUGCUCUGGUCUGUGCAGUGCCCUGGGGGUGACAGCCUACCAAGAACUGUAUCUCAGAUGGCUACAGUGCCAUUGAGCCCAGAAACGCAAGCUCUACGUAGGUGAUCAAGCAGUGUCCGCUGUGUGGCAGCCAAAAAAAACAGAUGGUAUAAAGGUCCCUCCAGGAGACACCAGUGCUCAGGGUCACGCAGAGGGAGAGCAGGAAGAAAGGUGCCAGCCCGACUCUGACUUUGAGAGUGUUCCAGCAGGCUCCUGAAUGUGCGUGUUAAGUUAGAUACCUGCCCCGCCAGCUGAGGACUUAACAUAAGCAGGAGUUGGAGCAGUAAAAAGAAAUCUGGUCACUGCUGUGUGUGCACAAGGCUGAUCAGAGGUUUUAUACCCAAAGAGGUACUGAAUUCGGCAUUGGCCAACAAGUUGCUGUGACCAGCAACUUCGCACCAUCUUCUCACAGCAUGGAGAGAAAAGACAAAGCUGGGAUGGCCAGGAAUGCAAAAGUUGUGAACUGCUUAUACCAAAACCCUGGUGCAAUUUUUAGGCUGAUUUGUUUUCCCUGGGCAGGAGGUGGUUCCAACUAUUUUGCCAAGUGGGGACAAAAGAUUCAUAAUUCACUGGAAGUGCACUCCAUAAGGCUUGCGGGAAGAGAAAGUCGAUCUGAAGAACCUUUUGCAAGUGACAUCCAUGAGGUCGUUGAUGAAAUUGCUGGUGCUCUGCUGCCGGUCCUCCAGGAUAAGCCAUUUGCAUUUCUUGGCCACAGUAUGGGAUCCUAUAUUGCUUUUAUGACUGCACUGCAGCUAAAAGAAAAACAUAAGCUAGAGCCAGCGCAUUUGUUUGUGUCGAGUGUAGCGCCUCCUCAUGCCCGGCUUCACAUUCCUGAAGAAAACGAAUUGUCAGAAGAAAGAAUUGCCUGCCUCCUUAAGGACUAUGGAGGCACUCCCAAGGAUUUUAUUUAUGACAAGGAACUUUUGCGAGAAUAUACAACCAAAGUGCUAGCAGAUGCACGCAUUUUUAGAAGUUACGUCUUUGAUAGACCAUCUGAGGCUCUCCUUUCCUGUGACUUAACCUGUUUCCUUGGAUCUGAAGAUAUCGUAAAGGAUAUGGAAGCCUGGAAAGAUGUGACCAGUGGAAGUGUUGAUAUUCACGUGCUUCCAGGAGAUCACUUUUAUUUUAUGGAGCCAUCCAAUGAGAGCUUCAUCAAGAACUACAUUACCAAGUGUCUAGAAGUAUCAAUGCUCUCCUCCUUUUAGUCUUAAAAUAGUCAAAGUGAUUAUAUGAUACUCUUCUUGAUUUUUCAGAUAUAGUUCACUGCCUUUAUUUCGAGAUUUGAAAAUGAUAUAUUUGCCACUGUCAGGGUGAUUUCUUUACAGAGCGUUUAUGUAUCUGGGGACAAAAGACAAAUGGGUAAAGAAUACUUCUUGGCAGGGUCCUCUGUUUUCCUAUUAGAAUCUCAUUUGAGUCUCAGCUGUGGGAAGGUUAACAAAAUUCUUGCUUGGUAAACUAUCCAUUUUUCCCCUUCAAUUAUUUUAACAGUGAAAAUGAUAGACAAGGAAAUGCGAGAAAAUAAAUUAUUGUUCCAGCAACACAUUGUGGCUCAAAGCCUGAUCAGAUCUUUUGAAAUGUGGGGUUCUCUCAUUUAAUGAGAAAAUGUACAUCCUGUUUUAUUAAAAUAAGACCGUCCUGAACUGUCAUUGCCGUCUGUGCUGGCAAGUCCUCAGAACACCUUCCAACGGGUUCCUCCUACAUCGACGGCCUGUUGGCUCUGUGUGGCUUUGCUGCUGCCCUGGCAAUGACUGACUGGGGCCCAGGGCAAGCCUCACACAGACAACCAGUCUAGUGUCUGGUCCUUGGCGUAUGGUGUGGCCAAGCACAAAUGCCAUGCCUGGUAGGCUGCCUCAGCCUCGCUCUGCGACAAUUUGAUGUUGACAUAACGAGAAAGCAGAACAGUUGGAAACAACCAGGAGCCAAAAGGGAAAAGAGCAGAAAUAGGAAAAUUAGCUAAGUCAGGACGAUGGCAGGACACUACCAGGGGGAUUCACAAAUGCCUACCGAUGGGAAUGGAGAGGCACCGCAUCCCUGGCGCUGUCUGGAUCCUGCACCCUCUCGCAGUUCCCAAACUGUCUUUGUCUCUUCACUUCCUGGCUGUCCAAUCAGAUAUCCUGAUUUCCUACAGAUCCUCACAAUAAACUCCACUACUUGAUGCAACCGAUGUCUCUUCCUUAUGA